AUGUUGGGCCUGACGGACGCGCACCGCCGCGACAUCCGGAGGGCGUUCGACCUCUUCGACCAGGCCGGCCAUGGCGUCAUCGACGUCAGCGCGCUCCGGGUGGUCUUCCGCGCCCUCGGCUUUGAGCUCGGCCACGAUGAAGUGUGUGGCAUGCUGAGCGACCAAUCGAGGGGUGCAAAUGCCGUGGACUUUAGCGAGAUGCUGACCCUCGUCCAAAAAAUGGGCGAGCGAGAGAGCAGCGGGGAGCACGGGCGCGCGUUCCGUCUCUUUGACAGCGGUAGCGGCGGCGUCUCAUUUGAGAGCUUGCGGCAGGUCACGCGUGGCGAGGAGAUGACGGACGAGGAGUUGGCGGAGAUGAUUUCGAGCGCCGACCUCGACGAGGACGGCUUGGUGAGCGAGGAGGAGUUUCGGCACGCGCUGAGGGGGCAAACGAGCAAAGCUCGGGAUCGUGGGUAG